AAUUUUAAAAAAGAAGAAAAGCAAAAACAUGGCUGUUGUUACAACUGAAACACAAACAAGUAUGCAAGUAGCGCGUAAACGAUCUAUUUGUGAUUGCUUUCACAAUUGUAGAUCUUCAGUGCCUAGAAAACAAUCAUUGUGUUAUCAAAAAUUUUUAGCUAAACGUGAAGCAAAACCUCAUACAGCACCGUAUGUAGUAUCCAUACAACUAAUGACUGUUGAUCAAGGUUUAGUGCACUAUUGUGCUGGGACUAUAAUCAAUGAAAAUUGGAUUGUUACCGCCGCCCAUUGCCUAAGUAAUCCCAUGAUUGUCGUCAAUUCUGUGAUAAUGGCCGGCUGUCACGAUAUACAUGCCCGUCAUGAGAGCGGAAAUAUACAAUUACGUCAAAUCGAUUAUUAUACCAUACAUGAACUGUUUUUGGGUGGCAUUAAUCCAUACGAUAUUGCGUUAAUUCAUACCGAAAAACCAUUUAAAUUUGACAAAUAUGUGCAGCCUGCUCGUCUACCGGAAAGCGAUUCGAUACCGAUCGGUUAUGGUAGACUAUAUGGUUGGGGUAAUAUGUCUAUGACUAGGCAACCGCAAUAUCCGCAUAAAUUGCAAAAGGCCGAUAUGCCCAUUUUGGAUUAUCAAUUAAGUGAAGAAAUUUUGAAUGCCUCUGGUAUGCAAUUGCAUGAAACCAAUUUAUGUACGGGUCCUUUAACGGGAGGCGUAAGCAUUUGUACAGCAGAUUCGGGUGGACCACUAAUGCAAAUGGAUCACACAAUUGUUGGCAUCGUUUCAUGGGGUAAAAGACCGUGCGGUCAAAAAAAUUCACCCUCAGUUUUUGUACGAGUAUCCGCCUUCAGUGAUUGGAUUUUAAAUAUCAUUAAAAAACAUCGGAAAGCAUGAAAGAACAGCAAAGAGAAAAAAAAUUAAUAAAAUCAGGUUAUAAGAAGAACUCGAAUUGUAAUGAUUUUUCCAUUUCAUUUAUAUCAAGUAGUAUUCAAUCUCAUAUUUAUAAAUACACAUAUGUACACGUGUAUCAAAAAUCAAAUCUCAAGAGAUUUUCUAUAUUAAG